AAAUGUUAGAAUCUAAAAGUGAUGUAAAACCUAACUUAGGUUUACCUAAGUAAUUAAGGGACCAUAAUGAUGAACGAGAAUAGCUCCGAAUUAAAUAAUAUGCACCGGGAAUUAACAUGUGUUCUUUUCCCCGGCGUAGUUAAAAAUGAUGAUAAAGCUUUACAGUGCAUGGGUGGUAUUAAAACAAUAUCUCAGGUUCAUAGUCAAUCGAACAAAAAACGAUUAGGCUUAAGUUUUCAGUAUGACAAUCCUUAUGUUAAGAAAAUGCAUGCUGAUGUGCAACCAGCAUUCGGUGUGCUGUUUAAGAUUAAGGUAAAAAAGAAGAAAGUAGGUAAUGAAAUCAAAAGAGAAGUCAUUUCCACAACAGCAAUGGGAUCUGUGAAAAAGAUAUACAAGUUUGAAUCAAUGAGUGAUUUUCAAUAUCUACCUGUAAUGCCCACUGUGCCUGGUGGGAACCAGUUCAAAUGUGUUUUGGAGGAUAUUCUGCCAUCUGGAUUGGAGGAUGUUAACGCAUUACUGAACCCGUGUCCAUCUUAUAUAUUGCCAGCUAAUUUCACAAGAAUAGAUAAAUCUACUAACUACUACUAUACCGAUAAAAAGGUUUACUGUCAAAAAGAAAUCAAAAGGGAAUCUGGGGUAGAUGGAGAUACACAUAGAAUGCGUAUGGAUCGCAGUAUCCCUGUUGCCAGAUAUACAUUCAAUUUAACCAAUGACUUGCCUACAGAGCCACAUGAUUUUUAUAUACAAGCAAAAAAAACUAGAGAAUCUAUAUAUCCCCAGUUGCAAAAUGAGUAUGAAAAUGUUUCAAAGAUGUUCGAUGUGAGGCCCAUAUGGUCUAUAAAUAAUAUCAAAUUUCACACAAAGUUGAAGACUUCUACACUUAAAAUAAUCUUACCCUGCUUGGCAGUUUAUAUGAAAGAAGGUCCUUGGAAGAUGAUGUGGGUCAAAUUUGGCUAUGAUCCUAGAAAAGACCCAGAGGCAAGAAUAUAUCAAACACUGGACUUUAGAUUGAGACACUCGACUGGAGUUCACACUAUGGUAGUAUCAAAAGAUGACUCUAUACAUGUGAAAAAAACUGAUCGCAGGGUAAAAAAGUUAGUUGCAGAAGAUCAAGUGUCAGAGGAAGUCAAAGAGAGUACUGUUUGCUUUCGUCCUGGAAUGAUUCUGACGCAGAGGCAAAUAUUUUACCAGUACUGCGACAUAGCGGUGCCGGAGGUGCAGGCGGCGGUGACGGCGUGCUCGUCGUUCUGCCACCACAAGCUGGGCUGGCUACCACCCGGCCUCGACGACGUCUGCCGCAACCACGUCCUCCGCUACGCCAAGGAGGCGCUCCUAGCGAAAAACUCUGACCUCAAAUUUGAGAAGGCUAGCAGUGACAGUGAAGCGAGUUCUGACGAGGCUGACGAGACGCGGAUGGACGUCGACGACGAACCCUCGACGUCGGCUCUUGAAAACUCCAUGGCAGAUGCAAGUCUGUCAUAACAUGCGGGUUUAUAAUAUUGUUUUGAAGGUUAAUAAAUAAUUAUUAUUGUUAUUGCCUAG